AUGUUCAUUUUAGAGCAAGAACAAGAAUCAAACGAUAACUCAGAAAAUCCUGCAGUUGAUGUGGAAAAACUUUUUUCUGAAAAUGGUGACUCGCCGGAAUUGAUGUUGAAUGAAUUAUCUGAUCAAGACAUGAUUAUUGCUGCCGAUAAAUUAUCAAAUAACGAGACACUUAAUAAACUCGAACUCUCUGGUGUAGCAAUUGGAGAGGAAGUGGGUCAAUAUCUGGCUGAUAUUUUACGAAAUAACACCGCACUCACUACGAUUGGUCUCUCAAGUAAUACAAUUGAAACCGCAGGCGCUCAGCUUUUGGUUGAUCCUUUUCGAAACAGUAAAACACUCAACGAAAUCAGAUUCAUGAGCAAUGAAAUUGAUGAUGAAGGUGUUCAACUUCUGACUAAUGCGUUGCGAAAUAACACUACAAUGACAAAUCUCCAUCUUCGUGCUAAUCGAGUCGGAGUCAAAGGAGCUCAACAUGUGGCUGAUGCUUUACGAAAUAAUAAAACACUCACCGAACUCGCGCUGACUAAUAAUAAUAUCGAUGAAGCUACACAGCAUGUACUUGAUACUUCGAAAAAAAGUACCGAAUUAGUGAUUGCCGAAGUUGAUGAGAAAAAUAAUGAAAAACGUACAAAAACAUCCGAUGUUUCUCAAGAAUAUGACGAUAAUUUUGAAGAAGACAUGGAUAAUGUAGAGAAAAAUCUACCUGAUGAAGAAUUAUCAUCUCGAUUAAGCAAUUAUGAUGAAGAUAGUCGUGAAGGUCAAUUCUAUGAAAAUAAAAGUUCUCAAAAUGAAUCCUCAUCACAACCUAUAGCUGAGAAUUCUGAAUAUGAUAAUGUUGAUGAAGAAGAUGAUGGAACAUAUCAAGGUGUACCAUUAUCUGAAAUAACAAAUGUAUGUCAACAACCUCCAACUAUUAUCGAUAUGAAAGAUGUUUGUGAACGUACUCAUACAUUCCUAAUAAAACCAUUCAAAUAUACUUCAACUGAUCCCGAUGCCGAACCACAAGCAUUUUAUGAAAACGGUACUUAUGUGGAUGAAUGGGAUCAAAAUUACGUUCGUUUACCAUGUUCACAAUCUUAUAUCAAUAAAAAUGGUACACAAAGAUGGUCAAUAAUUCAAGAAUCUUUAAUAAAACUUCAACAUUUAGCAGAAACACACAUGGCAUCAAUGGAUGAUAUUAAAGAAACUAUUGAAGAAUGUGCAGGACGUAAUUAUGAAUUAAAUUGUCUUGAACGACUUUUAAAUGAAGUUUAUACAGUUGAUGAGCGUGCUCAUUUUAUGUCAAUUGUUCUGUCGAAUAUAUGUACUUUGGCAUUAAAUGUUGAUAAAAUAUGUAGUCGACCACCACCAUUAUUACGUAUUGGAUCAAAUCGUACAGUAACAAUGUCACAAAAACAAGCUGCAUCUUUAUUAUCUUGUGCAUUUUUCUGUUUAUUUCCUCGACGUUUUAAUCAAAAAGUAGGCAGUGAAUAUGAAAAUUAUCAAAAUCCAAAUUUUAAUACAUUAUUUCAAGGUGGUAGAAAAGGUGGAACAACAUGGAAGCUACAAAAACUUAAAUGUGUUUUUCAUUAUUUUCAUCGUAUUACCGAAAAAAUGCCGAAUGGUGUAAUAUCAUUUCGACGUUAUCAAUUACCAGAAAGUUGUGUACCAAAAUGGACGGAAUCUACAGAACCUUUAUGUAAAAUUCAUGUAACAAAAAAUAAAACUAUUGAAGAUAUGGAUGGUCUGUUACAAGUGGAUUUUGCUAAUAAAUACAUCGGUGGUGGUGUAAUGAAUGAAGGUUGUGUUCAAGAAGAAAUACGUUUUGUUAUUUGUCCUGAAAUGCUUCUUAGUUUACUUCUAUGUGAAGUAAUUCAACCGAAUGAAUGUAUUUUUCUUAUUGGUUGUGAACGGUUUUCAUCAUAUCGAGGUUAUUCAACAUCAUUUCAAUUUAAAGAUAAUUAUAUUGAUGAAACUCCAAAAGAUUCUUGGGGUCGAAAAUUAUGUCAUGUUGUUGCAAUGGAUGCUAUCGCUUUUUAUAAUCGAUCAUCACAAUAUACAAUAAAAAAUAUGAAAAGAGAAUUAAUUAAAGCUUAUACAUGUUUUCGUGUUCCAGCAGCAUUAACUGAUCUAAAAGCUGGUAUUGCAACUGGUAAUUGGGGUUGUGGUGCAUUUAAUGGAAAUAAACAAUUAAAAGCAAUUAUACAAUUAAUUGCUGCUUCACAAGCUGGACGUCCACUUGUUUAUUUAACAUUCCGGGAUCAAAAUUUAGUUCUAUCAUUCUAUAAAGUAUAUAAAUAUUUAUUAGAUGAAAAAGCAACAGUGAAAGAUUUAUGUACUUAUCUUCAGCAAUAUACAACAUUAUAUAAUAAAAUAACAUUAUUCGACUAUAUUAUUGAAACGCCAGUAUCAUCUCUUUAA